CCCCGUCCCGUCGACCGGGUUAUUGAACAGACGUAUAGAGAGCCUGUGGCGUGAGGAUAUCUUGGGAAUAUCGGUUAUUUCGUGUACCAGAGCGUCACAAAUACCGUAUUAAAUCCUUAUCCACGUUCUAUACAGAUGCCAUUGUACAUCCAGUGUAUUGCCUAGCUGUGAGCGGGAGUGUGGUGUUGCAGUCAUGGUGCCGCCGUCUCCUAGAACUGUAGGUAUACUAUUGGCCGUCACCCUCAAAGUGGAAUAUCCAGUCAGAAGUAAGACGAGCUAAAAGGCUUUGAAUUCACCCCCUCAUGUGAAGACCUACUUUACUGGAGACAUUUGAUAUGAGUGACUAGAUAGUAAAUACCUCCCCCCUCCAUCUGGCAGUAGUGGUGAUUAAAAUGAAGUACUGAAAACACACUAGAGUAAGGUGUAAACUUUUCCCCCCCCCCCACAGUACAGUAGUGGAAGAGUUACUGGUGUUGACUGAGUGUGUUGUGUAAACAGUGUUACUCACUCAGACAUAGUGUUUGAUAAGUGUUGUGUUGUUUAUUCUCAGUAAUAGAGGAACUAUACAUUGGACAUAGUGUUUUGGUCUGCAGAUAUUGUACACCAACGGACUUAACGGCUCGUGUUGUUUAGUCGAAUUAACACCACACUCACCCACGCUGCAAUCAGUCUAAUUUGGGGUGGUCCCAUCUUGGUCUGGUUAGCUUAACACAUCACAACACAUACUGCACUGUACUGUUCUGGUUGGGUUAUUUCCAGCUUGGAUUGGUUACAGUUCACACAACAUUACACAUACAGUAUACUGACCAGUUGAGGGUGACCUACAAUUGGUCAAGUCAUCAAAAUAUCAAGUACAUAACAGAUUAAUUUAGCCACCUUUUUGUAUCGGGUUAAGUUGUCAGGUACAUAAUUAUGGUUGCUCCACACGACACAGGUGAUCUUGUGAGGUCUCUGGUGCGCGUUCCGGGCAGCGGCUCGGACAGGUCGGCCGGCUCUGUCUGUUGCGACCUGGCCAGGGCGUCUACUCUUGCCGCCUCCGUUCCCGUGUCGACGACUCUACCCCCUGCCUUGAUGGGAUCCAGGACCCCAAAGACUACUGAGCCCAACACCCAGGAAAACCAAACCAGUGUUAAGAAUAAGCUGGGAGGCAGUGUAGGAGUUCAGUCUGGAGUACUGAAGUCCAGUGAAAAUGUAAGUGCUGCAACCUCCACCGCGCCCAGCCAGGAGGGAGCAGCUUCUCGCAAACGACCACGCACCGAGGAGCCCGGCAACACGGAGAGCAGCAGCUCCACCAGUUCUGGGAGUAGCGGUCAAGUGCCCUCCCGUGCCGACAUAGAGGACUUACUGGCGAACAAGAGGGCCCGCAUCAUAUGCAUGACCCCUCAGCAGGUUGCUGCACAUGCCAGCAACAUUGUCUCUAUACCAUCAACCCAGGGUGCAGGAUCUAUGUUGGUCCUCCAACUCUCACAACAGUCACUCAACACUGCACCACUCAUCAUGGCCCCAACAUCUGUGGCUCAACUUCUGCAGGAGAGGAACUCCCUAAGGCAGGAGAACCAGGCUCUGCAGCGCCAACUGUCUCUUUUUCAACAACUUUUCAGGAACAAGGAGCGACUCACUUCUGUUGUCAAGCGACUUGGGGUCAAGGUGGUAUGAAUGUAUUAAUUGUAUCGAAGAACUUGUAUACUGAUUGUCACACGUUCUUUCAGAUAUACACCAAAACUAAAUUAUUAAGUACAUGUAAGAGGCACAGCUUGGUAACUAAGACCGUAACAAUACAUCCUACUCUUAAAGAACUGGAUGAUAGGCCUUCCUCUUCAAGUGAUUCUUCACUGCUAGGGAGUAACAAAUCCAUCUAUACACUAUUAUAUUUGAGUUUGGCCAUUAUAUUGAACUUGGCCAUUAUAUUGAGCUUGGCCAUUAUAUUGAACUUGGCCAUUAUAUUGAGCUUGGCCAUUAUAUUAAGCUUGGCCAUUAUAUUUGUAAUUAAACACAAAACAGAAUGGUAUCUCUUAAUAUUGGAUAAAGUUGUCACAGUACAUCAUGUGACUAAUACCAAUAAGCUCUCAUUGUGUAAGGGAAAUAGUUCAGCCUUUUUCUCGGGGAGGAGAGUCUCUGUUUCACGUCCACCUAAGAGUUAUUGUUCACAUCCACCACACAACCAAGCACCUGAGUUGGCCUUAAGAGUGUUUUACCAUGUAAGUCUCUCUCUAACAUCCUACGACUUAAUGGUUGCACCGACACACGACUCCAGUCAAUAUUUAACAUGGCCUAGGAACUCUACUCACUCUGUCCUAAGUGGAGUGACUGUCUUGGGGCAGUUACGGGGAAGGAUGGGUCAUUGUAUUUUUUUUUUUUUCCGACAAAAAUUUUUAUGAUAAAAUUUUUGUCAUCAUAGAAACUCAUUAUUCUUAAAAAAACAAAAACAAUUAUCCACGUAAGUUAAGUAUUGUACAGUACUGCUUAGAUGUGACAGAGGGCAAGAGGCUAUGUUAAAUACUGGGGGAGUGUGAGACCAUUCAAGUGUGUCCUAUCCUAGUCAACGGUGCCGUCACAUUAAACAACUGUACUGUGUGUUUGUCUGUACCUGUCGAGCCUUGGAUGAGAGCGAGCCAUUACCUCUUGUGCCCCUAGAGACCGUCUCAGGGUGUGGGAUAUACUGUUUAAUGCUGCCCAUGAUGGUGUCUUGAACCCAUGAUCCUUGUGAUGCCUCUGGGUGUGCUGCCCAUGGUGGUGUCUUGAACCCAUGAUCCUUGUGAUGCCUCUGGGUGUGCUGCCCAUGGUGGUGUCUUGAACCCAUGAUCCUUGUGAUGCCUCUGGGUGUGCUGCCCAUGGUGGUGUCUUGAACCCAUGAUCCUUGUGACGCCCGAGUUUUAACACUAUUGAGUCACUUAGGACACCACCACAUUACAGUACAUAACAGGGAGGUGUGGCCAGGACAUGACAGGGAGGUGUGGCCAGGACAUGACAGGGAGGUGUGGCCAGGACAUGACAGGGAGGUGUGGCCAGGACAUGACAGGGAGGUGUGGCCAGGACAUGACAGGGAGGUGUGGCAAGUACAUGACAGGGAGGUGUGGCCAGGACAUGACAGGGAGGUGUGGCCAGGACAUGACAGGGAGGUGUGGCCAGGACAUGACAGGGAGGUGUGGCCUGGACAUGACAGGGAGGUGUGGCCUGGACAUGACAGGGAGUGUGGCCUGGACAUGACAGGGAGGUGUGACCAGUACAUAACAGGGAAGUGUGGCCAGGACAUGACAGGGAGGUGUGACCAGGACAUGACGGGAGGUGUGG